AACUAUCUCUACUUGCAGCUGACACCAUUAGUUACGCUACAAUGCACUUCAGAUGUUAUUACCAAAGUGCUGUCUUCUGUAUCUUUCUUUGCAGUAUUUAUAAUACAGUAUUAUGCAUUCUGUGUUAAAAUUGAAGUUAUGAAAAAGUUACUGACGGAGCUUCAACAUAUACUUAACAACUUAAAGGAUAAAAAUGAAAUUGCUAUUGUAAAAAAAUAUAGUUGUAUUGCAAAACGUUACACAAUUACGCUUACAGGUGGGAUUAUAACAGUAGGAACAGGUACAAUAUUCAUUACUUACAUUCAACAUACCUGUGGAAUGUUUAGAAUUGCUAGCUACCGUAUUGAGCAUGCAAUGAGUUUCAACAUUUUACAAAACAUUACACUAAAAAAGGAGAUCUUGAUGACCAACGGUAUAAUUUAUGCGGUAAACAUGCAUCGACAAGCUAUGAAAUUGACCAUGAGCUUGUUGUCAGUAGUGGAUGUGAUGAUAGCUUGUUUAAUAGCGUGUGGCAUUAUUUGCAUAAGCAUCAAUUUGUUUUGUGUAUGUUUUUGAUUUUUGUUUUAUAUAAUAAUAUAUAAGAGUUGUUUCGAAAUUAUGCAUAUUAACAAUAAAAUACCAAGAAGUACAUAUGUCUAGAAAAUUGAUUCAUUCGAUUUUUCAGAUUGCAUCAUUUGGGUAUAAUGUUAUGGAAUUAUUUUUUCCGUUUCUCUUUGUACUCGUUGCUGUGAUAUAUAUGUUUCUAUCCAACUAUUUUGGACAGAAUAUAAUAGAUCAUAAUAAUUACAUAUUUUCUACUGCGUAAGAUAAAUG